AUGUUCUCUGAAGGCCAUGGCCCUUCGGGGGCUGCCAGCGGCUCUCAAGAGCAGCAGGGUACAACUUCGGACAGUUCGCCUUCGUCGACGCUUCAUGUAUCGGCCGAGUCCCCAUCCCAGCCCACUCUUCUCGAUCGCUUCGAAAUGCUCGCUACACGUGUGCCGGAUUAUUACAUCACGCCGUUCUGCGGGGCCAGUGCGGGCGUAGCCUCGGGAAUUGUCACCUGCCCUCUCGAUGUGAUCAAGACCAAGCUGCAGGCUCAGGGUGGGUUCGCGCGACGACGUGGCAAGGCGGUCGAGGCCAAAACACUGUACCGGGGCAUGCUAGGAACUGGACGAGUAAUAUGGCGGGAGGAUGGUAUUCGAGGCCUUUAUCAAGGAUUGGGUCCCAUGCUCCUGGGAUACCUGCCGACGUGGGCCGUCUAUUUGGCGGUCUACGAUCGGUCUCGGGAGUAUUUCUACGAAACAACAGAUAGUUGGUGGCUCUCACGAGGUUACGCCUCCAUAACGGCGGGCGCUUGCUCGACCCUUGCGACGAAUCCAAUUUGGGUGAUUAAGACACGACUUAUGUCACAGAGCCUCCGGUCGAGCAGCGAAGGCUACCGGGCUCCUUGGCAAUACAAAAACACAUGGGAUGCGGCCCGCAAAAUGUACAGAAGUGAAGGGAUUCGUUCGUUCUACUCCGGCCUUACCCCAGCGCUGCUGGGGCUGGCGCAUGUGGCCAUCCAGUUCCCUCUUUACGAAUAUCUGAAGAUGGCGUUUACUGGCUAUAGUAUUGGCGAACAUCCCGAUACUGGCAGCUCACACUGGGUGGGCAUUACAUCUGCGACAUUCCUGAGUAAGAGGACAUCACCGGCGGCCUCACCCGAAGAGAUCUCGUUCCGCGGCGGGAUGGAUCACCCCCAGGGUCAUAGCAGGCCCCCGGGUGCUGCUUCGUCGGACGGAAUGCCCAAUCGACCCCGGUACACGGGAAUCAUUCGCACAUGCCAGACCAUUCUGAGAGAAGAAGGCUGGCGCGCGUUCUACUCUGGGAUCGGCACGAAUCUGUUCCGGGCGGUCCCGGCUGCGAUGACUACCAUGCUCACUUAUGAGUACUUGAAGAAAACGAUUGGACACGUGCAACAUGAGGGAGAGCUGAAGUUGCAGAAGCUGGAGGCCACAUCAGACAGUGGAAUCUAA